AUGGGUACGACUUCAAGUAAAACUGAAAAAAAACAGUCUCAAACAACUACACCUACUGCUCCAGUUAUCCGCCAAACUAUAACAUCAACCCGUCGUGCAUCAAUCAACAGUAACAGUAGUGAACGUAGAUCAUCAGUUCCUGAUGGAGGAAAAGAACGGCGAUCGUCUCUAACAGGAGAACCAUCGGAUCUAACACGUCCAACAGUAGCCAGCAGCAACAAAACUGUCGACAGUGCUGAUCGGCCUCGACGUGCCUCAGUUCAACCGCGCACUUCAACUGUAAUGGAAGAAGCACCAGCAGUGCAAACUUCUACAAAGACAUAA